UAUAAUACAGGAAAAUAUGUUAUUUAGUCAAAGCAAUAAAAAUGUAGCGAAAUUGAAAAACGGGAAAAAGUAAACUAAAAAAUCACAAGAAUUAGAUAAAAUAACAAAAAAAAAAAAAAAAAAUUAUAAAAAAAUACCACAAUUCUAAAUACAGCAAAUUAAAAAAAAAAGACCACAAAAAUGGGAAAUGUUUGCAGUUCUGGCCAAAGCAAGAAAAAAGACAGCAUAUCUGAGAAGUCGGAUGACUCAUAUAAUAUAAAUAAAAACGAUCAGCAAACAGAUAAUGUAAACGAUAACAGUGAUCAAAGGAAGGCUCCGUUAGCCGAUCCAGAAAAUGUGCCUGAUAUAACAAAUAAUGAAUCAGCUGUUACUGUAAAAGGGAAUGACUUUAUAGAUAGUCGUAAUGGCGAUAAAUUGGCGUCAACAAAUAAGAAAGAAUCAAGUGAAUCAGCAACAGUUACAGCACCCAACACUGAGCCGAAUACUACACAAGCUGAUGUAUCAGAUUCGAAAAAUACGUCCACAACGUAUUUGUCCAUAUUACAAGGGAAGCCUUUACCCGGAAGAAAGAUCGAAAGGAACAAAAAAAUUGUAAUCUAUAUACUGGCUGAUAAUAGUCCAGAGUAUAAAAAACAUAAGCGCGUAGUUUAUAGUUUACACAAGCAGUUGGCAAAAAAAUGUCAAAGCAAAGGAUUUGAAAUGUUUAUCUCAGAUGUUCACAAUGUCGAUACAGGCAACAGAGUUAGUAACUAUUCAAGAUUGAUGGAAGCAAGUCGUUGGACUCAUAGUCCAUUGGAGGCACAGGGUGGUCAUGAAGAGGCAGCUAAUUGUCUGUCGGAAAUUACACGACACACCUCGUCAGCAUAUGUGAUUCCUAUAUUAUUUUUAGGAUCAUCUCUCGGCAUUCCAAUGCUGCCACUGACAAUUGAAAGUCAAGACUUUACGCAAGUUCUGACGGCGGCCAAUGAAGACGAGAAAGUUCUUUUGGAAAAAUGGUACAUUAUCGACAAUUGUUAUCAGCCCAUGUGUCACCGCUUAAAUACUGAACUUUGUAAAAAUUAUUCCGCUGCUCAAGAUGACGAGCUGAAUCUGUUGUUGGGAGUACUACUGAGACUAUUUUCGGAUGAUCUUAAAGAUUCAUACAUGUCGACCGUUGUCGAACAGGAAGUCAACAAUACUGUUCUUAUGAGCCAGGAACUUGCAAAACGUUGUAUAUGGAUACAGACCGGUCCACAAUACAUGAAAGCUCCAGAAAAUGCCACUGCCUAUGAUCUCGAGGUACUUAGACGUAUGUCCAAACUUUACACAGAACUGAAGUCACAUUUAUCGGAGAAAAACUUGAUUCGGAUUUUACCGACAAUGAAUAUUUUGGAUGAUGAACUAGCCGUCGUAAUUGAAAAUCUCUUAGAGAAAUCCAUUGCAUCAAUAUUUGAAGAACACGUCACUAAAAAUAAUAUCCCAUAUAAUACAAAUGGAGUCGAUCAUGUUCUUCUAGAAGAAAUUGAAUUAAUUGGACAUUACUCCAAAAUAUUAGCUCAAAACUCACCAAAUUUCGAUAUUAUGAAUGAUAUAAAAAGGUACAUAAAAGACAGUACAGCUCAUCCCUUAGUAGUGUCCGGGCCAAGCGGUUGUGGUAAAAGUGUAUUUAUAUCAAAAAUUGUUGAAAACAUACACAGAUGGAAGCCUGAACUUAAUCUAGUGCUAAGAUAUGCAAAUCUUGGUGUUAGAUCAUCUGAUCUGGUCUCCGUAUUGGGUUCGAUUGCUUCUCAAAUGUCGAUUUUGGCCUACGGACAUCAAAUUAGAAUGGAACAUACUCUCGAGAACUACUCGAAAGUAAUACAGGAUGUUAUCAAAAGCACAAAAUGUUUUUUUGUUAUUAUAAUCGAUUCGGUAGAUGACAUUAUGGAUGGAACUAAUUUAGAAUGGCUUCCAAUUAAUUUGAGCAACAUGUGCAAAAUAAUUUUAACCUUGACAGAGAAUAACAAUGAGGAAAAUCCUUUGAUUGAAAAACUCAUUGAAACGGGAAUUCCUAAUAGGUGUUUCAUCAAAAUGAAGCAAUUCAGUGAACGGCAGUGGCAGGAUAUUCUAAGCUCCGGUGGUGGAGAUUUUUAUGCGGCAAAUGGGGCCAUUAAAAUGCCACAAGAAUGGAAAAUGUUACAUGGUAAAACACCUUUUCAUGCCAAAUCUCUGUGGUGGUUAGCUUGGCUGGGCCAUACAUCUAUUUCAAUGACAGACAUAUCCGAAAUGUUGGGCAAAAUUUUGCAGGUUAUGGAAUCAAAAUUUUCAAGCGACCAUUCAGAAAUAAUGAUGCUAAUACUCUCACUAUCAGAAUGGGGUAUUAGAGAAAGCGAUUGCAUUGACAUAUUUCACAGAAUAAGCCAAAUUGAUGCGCAGGUCGCAUUUAGGGUUUGGUCGAAAUUUUGUUGGCUUAUGGGCCCAAUGCUACUAUCGAUACGAAAUAUUAGAAUUGCUGAUAAAUCAUUUCGAAAUGCCAUUUUGUCAAAGUAUAAGAGUAAACAUGCACAUGUCCACCAAAUUAUACGAGAAUAUUUUGACAGACAAGAGAACUACUUCACGGGCCUAAAGGAAAUAAUUCCUAUAUACAAUUAUCAAAAAUUCUUAAAGUUGCCUUACCAUCACUUCUGUAAUGUAAUGGAAGAUCAUUUAGGACUGAAUAAAGUUGAAAUACUAUUCCACUGUUUCUACUUUACUGAACUACAAUGGAUGGCUGAUAAAGUGCACGCUACUGGACCGGCACACCUAAUGAGUGACGUAUUGAUAUCUGAAAAAAUAUCUGGUACAUCUGAUCAGCCAUAUGUACAUAUUCGCUUGUUAAAAGAUUUCCUUAAAAAAUAUAUGCAUGAAUUGAACUACGAUGGUCAUCAGUUUUUCACGCUCAUAAAAUUCUACAUGAAAUCUCGCAUUAGAGAAGAUCCGUCAUUGAAUGAUGAUCAGAUUAUUCGGUCAUGGCUUGAAUGUACGAAUGAAUUAGAGAUUCCAUUCCUAGACAUAAUAAACACAAAUUUUGGAGAUGAACUUCAAACCGGAAAGAUCAGUUACGACGUUAUAGUUAACUUGCCUCAUCCAGGAUUUUUUGCCGCAUCAAUAAGCACAGAGAGAGAAGAAAUUUGCAUAUGGGAUGUUAAAAGUUGUUCACGAGUUCGCAUUCUUCAGGGUAUUCCACAACCAACAGCCAUGUGUCCAUUCGGUACAUAUAACGCAGCCGUAUUAUGCAGAAGAGAGAUCAAGGUUAUCAAUUUGGAUGAUGGUAAAUUUAAGGUUGCUCUAAAAGGAGUUAUGAAUCAAAAAAUGCCAUAUUUUGGAUUGCAUGAUCAAAAACAUUUGGUUUGUUUGUCACGUAAUAGGAUGUAUGUUAAUCUGAUGAAUUUAGAGUCUGGAGAUUGUGUUACUACAUUCAAAGCCGGCGAAGAUCGUUUUCUGAACUCUUUACUAGUAUCUGGAGAUGGAAGGAUUCUUGUCUGCGGAGAUGAAACACAAAAACCAUUCCCUUUAUUAGUAUGGCACUUAACACAGCGAAAGUUGCUUUAUGAUCUGCGGAUACCACAUCAUGAUUUUAUAACAUCAUUGUCCGCCAUAACUCAUGAAGGAUCUUACGUAUGUGUGGUUGCAAAAGAAUUGAAUGAGCCUACACCAAAUUUUAUUGUUGUAUACGAUUUGCAAAGUGGAACUCUAUUUAAGAAAUGGAAACCAACAUGUAACACUGUGUCUUUGGCAAUCUCUCAAGUCAAUGCAUGCGUUAUUGCUGGUCUAGAAGAUGCUAAAAUUCUCAUUUGGGACUUGGUAACGGGGAAUUGUCGGUCAACGCUGAUAGGACACAAUGCUCCGGUCACAAGUCUUAAAAUAGACCCCAUGGGAAAAGUGCUUAUGUCGACAGAUAAAGAAGGUCGCGAUAAUGCUUUACGUCUAUGGGAACUCAGUACAGGAAAGUCUUUAGCUGUCUUCAAGCCUCCUGGACAAAUUUCAGCGUGUGAAGUUCUACCAAAUUGUACUUAUAUCGUAGUAGCACUGACCAAUAAAACCGAGCUUUUAACAUUAUCAUUAAAUAAUUUCGCUAUGGAUUUAACACCCGACGACAGUCUCUAUGUCUUAUAUGGCAAUCAAGAUAAUCAAAACAAAGUUUUCCAAUUAAAUUCUGAACCAAACUAAUGCGUUCUCCGUCUAUUUUUAUUUAACAUUAUUUUAUAAUUCAUUGAGCAAUUAGAUAAUUUACAAUUAAAUCAAUUAUAGAUUAUUAAAUUCUUUUGCUGUACAUUUCGCAGUAGAAAUGAGAGCAUUUCAUUUAGUACGAGCCAAAAAAGAGAAAAAUGCAUAUUCCUACACCCAUCACUUUCAAGACACAGCAGAUUUUUUAAGUAAAGUAAAUAACUUUACAUAUUAUGCCACCAUCGGAAAUUUUUAUUUUGAUUCAACCGAUGAACAUACAUUAAGAAAUGCAGAUAUAUAAGAUGCCUUCGGCAUUACGUUGCACAAUUUUAUUCGCCACUGUAAUGUUGUAUGGAAAUACAUAAUGCACAUUAUUAUAAAAUAAAUCUUUAUUUCCAAUUAGUUUUAGUGAAUAAAAUGAGACAAAAUUCAAAAAACGUACACACAACAUUUAAAUUAACUUUUAGAUUUUUAGUUAGUUUUAUUUUAUACAUUUCAAUGUAUAUUUAACAAAAAAAUAAACAAUUCACAAACUUAAAAUUGCAUUUAUUUAGUUAAACGUUAAAAAUAGUAAAUAAAAUACAAAAUACAUUUGUAUAACAAUCAUUUAUGUUAUUGUAACCAAACAAAAAAAAAACAACAAUUAUUAAUUAUACUAUUACUUACUACAACUUAAUACUACUACUAUUUUACACGACACGUGCAUUACUAAGACUAAAACAAAAAACUCGUAAACUUUGUAAAUAAAAUAAAUAAAAAAGAAAAUAUAAAGAAUCAGCAGAUGCAUAAACAUAAAUCAUACAAUUUAAUGUAAAUGUUCUUACCUAGUAUAAAUGUUUGCCAUAAUAAAUUCCUUCAAAAUAAA